GUUGUUGUUCCAUGGAGUACCUGGUGAAGCUUUUGAGAUAGAAGCUAGCAGCGGAAAGAUGGAGCUAAGGGGGAUUGGGUUAUGGUUUGAGAUAUCCAAGCCCUACCUCUUUCUAACCUUAAACGAGCUUUGCCUUGCAGUGUUCAUGAUUCUCAUCCAAUCCAUCCUCUCAAAAGGUGUCAAUGCCCUCGCCAUUGUCGUCUAUGAACACAUUGUUGCCACCAUUGUCAUAUCACUUCUUGCCUUCUUCCUUGAAAGACAGAAGAGGCCGCCAAUCUCAGUCAAGAUACUAUGCUAUGCCUUCUUGUUGGGACUCUUACAGAUUACGCUUUGUCAGUUGCUGUUGACAACGGCCCUAGGAUUCAUUGGAUCAUCCUAUGAGAGCAUUGGUUUAAACUUGCAAACUGCAGUCAUCUUCGUUCUAGCAGUGAUUUUUGGACAGGAGAAGUUUCGAUUCUGGAGCAGUAACGGGCAAGCUAAGAUAUGGGGUGUGACUUCAUCUGCUGCUGGAGUAUUAUCUACAGUGCUUUGGACAGGACCCACUGUUCUGAAAUCAACAAAUUUUCCAAGUUUUCAAGUAGCUACUGAUGAUGUCAUUGUUGGUGUAAUCUUGAUUGUCGUUGGGGUUCUUGCGACCUGCUUCUGGAACAUUUUGGUGGGCCAUGUUACACGAAUGUAUCCAGCGGAGUUAUCAUUGACAGCGAUGAUGAGCUUCUUUGGGACUAUCCAAACGGCCAUAGUCACAGCAAUUGUUAUCCCAAGUUCAUCCUGGGAACUUCAAUGGGAUGGAGGCCUAGUUUUUGUAGCCAUCCUCUUUGGGGGAAUUGUGAUAACAGGCCUCUCAUACUAUGUGAUGACAUGGAGCAUACACAAAAGGGGUCCAGUCUUUACAUCAGCCUUUACACCACUCCUCAUUGUUUUCUCCUUCCUAUUGGACACAAUUGUACUUGGUGACUCUGCACAUUUGGGGAGCAUUGUCGGAGCUUUUCUAGUAGUUGUGGGGCUCUACCUAAUAUUAUGGGCAAAGGCUGAUGAUAUGAAGAAGAAUGAGAUAAGUGAUGAUUUGUCCGUCAACUCACCCUUGAUUCAACCAUAAGGGAUCAAAGGCAUAUCAUAAUCAGCUUUAGUUAGAUCUCACAGGUAAUGUCUUUUUUUGGUAGAAAUCUCACCGAUAAUGUCAAGAAAGGAACGACUAGAAAAGUAUUGUGGGUCACACACUUGUAUUACAAGCACAAUGAUUUAACAACACAUUUAUAAAUUUGGCAUUCUAUUUUUGUAAAUUAAUAACUUAGCAUCUGUAAUUUUUUUCAUCGAAUAGAAUCUUUCUCAAUUAAAAGUGCAGUCCUAUGUGAUUAUUCACUAAGGAGUGGAUUUUAGUCUAAA